AUGGUCAUGGGCGGCGCCGUGGGCCUUGUCAUGGGCGAGGUCAUCAUCAUCCACCGGCCAAACAGCAGCGCAAGGGUGUCGUCGCCGUCGUCGUGUCGGGACGAGGAGUCGGGCGAGGUGGUAGGGGCGCCUCGUAUGUGUGCCCUCCCUCACCUCUCCGACCUCUGCCACGACUGCUGCCUCGACCACAACCGCCGCCUCACACCCUCUCGCGGCCCAGAGCAAUUCCUCCGACCCGCCCGCCUGCCCUGCCCAUCGUCUCACUCUCCUGCAGCCGACGUUGCGGGCCGCUCUUGCCAGUAUUUUGUGACACCUCAGCCGCCCCAGAGCAUUUUCCGCACCACCCACCACUCGCCCUCGCCCUCGCCCACAACACACGCUGAGCAAGCCGGCCGCUGUGUUGCACUGCGAGAGCGCGCCGUGACAGCUCCCCCCCAAAACAUGUUCCCUCACCAGGGUGGCCAAGGCCAGCUUCCCGCCCACUGGCAACCGCCCACGGCCCAGCAGCCCGCGAAUGGCUCGUAUGCGCAGCCUCCGCAUAUGAACACCACGCUCCCACCUCCACCUCCACCGCCCCAAGAGCCCCGCCCCGACAUGGCCCAACAUCCUCAGUACCAGCACCAGCAGCCAUACCGUCUGCCAGGCCCCAAUGAGUGGACACGCGCUCCUCCUCCGCCAGACUAUCGCCAGCAGCCACCACCGCCUCCCCAAUAUGUCCAGCAACACCACCAGCCGCCCGCCCCGCGACAGCGCACUGCCAUUGCCUGUCGCUACUGCCGGCGCCGCAAGAUUCGCUGCUCCGGCUUCGAGGCGACUGAAGACGGCCGCUGCUCCAACUGCAUGAGGUUCAACCAAGACUGCAUCUUCACCCCAGUCUCUGCCCAGACUCAGGCCUUUGUUCCUGCACACACAGUCUGGCGCGGUGUCGGACAGCCACCGCCCAUGUACGGUGCCUACGGGCAGCCACUACCUCCUGCCAGCCACGGCGAGCCAUAUGGCCAGCCGUCGCGCCAGCCGCAGUAUCUGCCCAGCCCCACUGCAGGUCCGUACCCAGCUCAUUCUGACUAUGGCCCGCCCAGUGCUUCUCCAGAUGAUGCGAGCCGUGAUGCGCUGGCAGGCAGGAAGAGACUCCAUCCUGAGCCUCAUACCCCUACUCUGCCCCCGCCACAUCCUGGCUCAGCGUCACAGGCUCCUCAUCGAGGCACUGGAGAAGGCUAUGCCUAUCCAGAGCCACCGUCUCUAACUUCGGCUGCUUCAACAGCAAACACUCCCACCCCUUACUCCUCCGCGCCUCCUCCCGCCCAACCUUACUACGCCGCACAGCCGCCGCGUCAAGCUUCUCCACAGAGCGCCUACCGCUACGAGCCGAGUCGCACCUCUUCAUCGCCACACUCUCAAGCACCAACCACCCCCGGUGCCCCUCCUACGCCUUAUUACGCAGCUCCACCGCAGCCCAACGGCGUCCUGCAGCCACCGCCUGCGCGCAGUGAUGGCAGAACCCCACCACCGCCUACAUCGACGCCCUCGGCUAGACCCAGCAUGCGCAUCAAUGACCUCGUAAGCGACAAUGGCCCCGCUCGCAGCUCGACCGAUUCGUCCAUGCUCAACAUGCUCAACCGCCGGCCCAUGUAA